AUGAUAUUUGAUUUCUCAGCUGAGUUAGUGUUCUCUGCACAAUUUAUUAAUUACAUUCCAGAUUUUGCAAAUGCAACUCAGUCUCAAUCAGCAUCUUCAUCAGUGCCAUAUUUGGGAUCAAGAGAUCUCAUCUGUGCCCCUUUGAAAGGGUUGCAUUCUACUGGUUAUGCCUGCUUUCAAAAGCAACUAUAUGCUCGCAGGCACUUUUUGUUUCCUCCCAUGAGUAUUGAAGAAUAUAAUGAUCGUGUAAUGGCAGUAGGAUGCUGUGAAGCACAAGAUGCUUUGCUCCAGGAACUUCUUGAGCAGAAAGAUUUGAUGCUCUUCAUAGGCAUUUUUUCUCCUAAUUUUCUCAUGGUAGUUGAUAUUAUUUACCAUAGGGAUGUUCUUCGCUGGGGAAAGAAUAUCAUCUCUGCUAAAACACAGACAAGAAAACGAGCUGGUACAGCAGUUUACAAUAGAGCAUCUUCGCUGGAAACACUAGUUGGUUAUCUGUACCUAACAAAUGCAAAUCGCUUGGAAGAAGUCAUAGGAAAGCUGGGAUUCUCAACUGGUUCUUCUACACAGCCGAUUUUAGAGGAACAAGUAGCAAGUUAAUUGCUGAGUCAUGUUGUUUGUGGCGUCUCACUCGAAUAUGCAACAGUCGAGACGAUUUGCAUGAUCACGACAAAGUGAAUAGAUGAGCAGCAUGUAACAUGCCAUAGUUAAGUCAUGCAUGAAAAUAUUCUGAGAAGUUGUGGUGGUAUUGUGCACCAGGGAUGGAAGGGAAGCUGGGAUUUUAAGUGCUGUUCACUCGAACUUCAUGUAUGUUUAGUUUUAGGGCAUUGGAUGCUCUUGUAAUUCUGGCAUUGUGUGAUCUUGGAUAUCAUCAAAAUAAUAAUACCAUUUGAUUGUUAUUCAAAGGAACUUUACAAAAGCAA